GUCUACGUUCCGCUGAGCUUGUUACUUCUCCAGGAGGAAGAAGUCCUGCCGCCGCCCGAAGACCAACAACUCCACCUGAAACACACACAAACCGGCCAUAAAACACAACAUGGACGCGACCAGACCUCAACACACAACAGCCGCAGCCGCAGGACCAGACGAGGCGGCAAAAAAGAAAGCAGCCGCGGCCCAGGCAGCCAUCCACCUUCCGGAGGUCCGACUGGUGGUGCUGGGCUGGAGAUGGCCGGGAAAGAGCCUGACGGGGAAUACCCUCUUAGGCCGAGAGGAGUUUCACCUGGAGCGAGCGGCGGAGUUCUGUGUGAAGAGGCAGACUGAGGUGCUGGGGCGGGAGGUGAUUGUGGUGGACACUCCGGGGUGGUUCUCUGCGCAGGACACCCCCCCCUCCUACAAAGAGGAGCUCGUAAGAGGAGCAUCUCUGUCGCCUCCGGGUCCACAUGCCUUCCUGCUCGUCAUCCCCGUGGGCAUGUUCACCGAGGUGGACCGUGCACGCAUCGAGGAGCACGUCAGCCUCUUCGGGGAGAACGUGUGGAAGCAUACCAUUGUGGUUUUCACGUGGGCGGAGGUGUUGAGGAAGAUUUCAAUCGAGAGGUACAUUCGCAGGGAGGGCAAGGAUCUGCAGUGGGUCCUGGAAAAGUGCAAGCGAAGGUACUUUGUCAUAAAUAACUGCAUAUACGGGGAGCAUCCGCAGGUAGGGCGCCUGAUGGAGAAGGUGGAGAGGUUGGUGGCAGAGGAAGGGGGGCACUACGGCCAAGAGGAGGCGGAGAAAGAGAAGAAAGCACCGGAGGAGAACCAGAACCCAGCCAGGGAUGUGCGGGAGCUGGGGGCCAGACCCAAACAGAACUCUGCACUGAGUUUGUCCAAAGCCAUGGAGGUGGAUCCACUUUCCAGUGAGUGAUGGAAAGAGAUGGAUUGUUGGAAAAUGUUUAAAUUGGUUUCAUAUCUCACCUCAAAUCUGAUUUGCAAAACACCAUUAAACAGAAACAAGGGGGCGGAAGAGCGUUAAGAUCCACCGACAACUGAGGUCUGACAUUUUGCCAUAUUGGCACAAUUUUUAUUUACUAUGAGACUUAGUCUGCCAUGUCUCCUCUGGUUUGCUCCCCCAAAAUACAUGAACUUCCUAUUCAACAGACACAUCCUAUCUUCUUCCUCAUCCCUCCACCAAAAUUGGAUCUCUUGAAUUUCAAACAGCUUCACUGACACUCGUGGCCCCGUUUCGUCAAAUUUAAUAUUAUCUUAAUCAUUCUAUUGCUUAUCACUAACACAAGACGAGUUGGAUUUAGAGGCGUGACACAGGCAGCAAACAGUUUGCUGAUGUCGGCUGUUUUUGUAAUUCGCCAGUAGUUGUCAUAUUGACAAACAUUGAUGCAUCCGGUUAACAGAAAAUCAUAUAUCUGGCUCACCAUGAAGUUUUACGUGCUGUCAGUUUCUUUUAGUCCAUUUCUGAUAAUUAAAGACCUUGUGAAAUAAACACAAGACUUCAACUUCCUGGAAUUUAAAGUAAACAAAAAACUCCAAUAUCCCAGUGAUUCACACAGUGUGUUGCUUUAUCUCCCUACACAACGUCCUGUUUCAACACAACACGUCACAUUAAACAAGCAACAGCGGAUUGUUCUUGCUCCUUUGACGCGGAGGGAAGGAGAUGUGAAAACAACCCGGACAUAUUUAUCGCCUUUUUAGGUCGAUAAGGCAAACUUAUCAGCAAACCUCUGGCCAGUAGUCACUCUGCUUUCAGCGCUGUUGUCGGUCUCAAUGUUGAACAGUGCGUUUUAUUAACUGUUGCUGUAAACAACACAGGGAAAGAUGAGCGAGAACCACAACAGCAAAGCGAGCUUAAAGACAGGUCAGGUGAUAACAUGACUCACCUCUUUCACAUUUAGUCCAGUGUCGUUAUAAAUAAAAUGAUUAUUGCUUCUUUCAGGAAGUAAACAAGUCAUUCGAUGAUGUAUUUAAAUUUUAAUUCCAGGCUGAUACACAUGAGAUUUCAUCAGCUUCUCUCCUAACGUUGUCCUUUCACCCUUGAAUCUGUCCGCUUGCCAUUUACUCCUCCUGUGUCCAUAGCGACCCAAAGUAGACACACAAAGAAAACAAACAAAGCAUCAUCCCUUCCUCUCCUCACACUGCUAUUUCAGUGACGUCACAGUACAUUAGCUAAAUGCAUGUAUGACAGAUCCCUAUUAAUAACUCACUGUGUCUAAUUUCUGGAUUAACCACACUCGACUGAUGGAUCCUCUAAACCACCACUAACCCUUCACUGCGUAUUUGACGAGAGGAGAAAAGGGUAAUUGGCUGAAAUGUUACUGAAUGUAAAAACCAAUGUGAUUUAUUUAAGUUAUUUUUUUUAAAUCUGACGUGUUAGUGUGUGUUGUAGUCGUGUGCAUUCUUUGUGACGCUGCAUCUUCUCAAUGUGACGAUGUGGGAGGCCUUUUCAACAUAAGAGCCCUUUUCUAAUGCUGUCUGUAUAUUUAUACUCUCCAAUGAUUUUAUUUGUUAGCGUUGAGGAUGUUUGUCGGUUUUUAAUAAUGUCUUUGUGGUUGUGUGAUGGGACUAUAAGGCAGUACAGGCUGUUACUUACAGUGGGUGACCACCAUCAUUGUGUGCACUCCUGGGUCAAGGUGACCAGUGGCAGAACUGCACUACUAAUUUCUUUCUGUUAUAUUCUGUCAAUGACUGUUGAGGGAGUGGCUUUUUUUAAUGAUUCCUAUUCGUUGUGACCAAACUGUAAAUGUAUUUUCCUAUGCAACACAUUCAUUGCACUCUCAGUGGACAGUUAUGAAUUUUAGCACUUGAGCAGUUACUGAUUUUAUUGUCUGUUGCUUUCAAGGUGUGAUUUAAAACAAAGUGGAUCUGUCAGAUGUUUAUAUCACUUUGUGUCAGAGGGAUAUGUUUGAGGAUCAGACGCUUCACUGUGGCCCUCAAAACAGAGGCUCAAAUUAUUUAUUAACUCAGUGUAAUAUUCAGGUUAUAAGUCCCUUCAGCUGUGCAUAGAUGAAUUUAGCACUUUUGGAGAAAUUGAUGGCUCCUCCUGACAGAGCAGUCAGCUGCUCUGGACACACAGGAGUUUGUGAGUCUCAGCAAAGUAAAGCAGUGUAUUUGACAAAACAGUAAAAGGUUACCUUGCAGUAAACCAGUGGCAUUUCUCCAGUCCUGCCUUUUGUUGGGCCUCAAACCAGCCCAGCUCCUCAGUUCAUAAGGGACCCACAUAGCAGUCGCCCAUUAUCACAGAGCCAAAGCAGGAGUACACAGUGUUGACUCCUUGCCUUUCAUAUCCUUCUUCCACAGAUGCAGUUCACAUAUACUCACUCAUAUAUCUGAUGAUAUUUCCCUUUUAUUCUCCUGAAUACUCUGAUUGAUUUUAUUAACUAGACUGAGAUAAACAGACCCUGGUUGGAAAUAUUUGCCUUCAGGGGUUUGUUCUUUGUAUAUGUAACAAAUGUCUCUCAGGAGUUAGAUCCACUGGUUUUCGCUCUGAAAAUCGAAUAUGUACUUUUUUUGAACCCUCUGGGGUUUAACUAGCAAAGCUCUGAGAGUCAACAACUGACUUAAAAGCCUUUUUAUUGUAGGAAUCCUGCAGAUAGCGUAGCCCUGCUCUUUCUAAGCAGCUGUUAGUGUUUUUACGGGAAUGUAUUUAUAUUCAUAACAGGGUAAAGUGGAUAUUCAUGAAUGCACUUUGGCUGUUUCACCUGGCGUGGGUAAACACUGCUGUGUGUGUGUGUGUGUUGACAUUUGAUACAGAAACAUCAGACAGGAAACUAACCUACUGUUCACUCAUUACUUUAGAUUGAGGGAGUUGAUUUAAACAAUCCAAUGACAAAUUGCUCUGAAUAAUCACAUUCAUAAACAACAGCUACACAUGUAGGUCAGACUGUAUCUGGUUAAAUGUCAAUGUGCAGCAUUGGACAAUAAAAAAGAAGAAGAAUUUAAUUUAAAGAUAAAAAUCUGGAUUUGGUUGACAUCUAUUGUAUUUGAGACGCUGACACAUAUCUGCUCGGAGACUUGCAACCUAAUACAGCCAUCUUUGUAUUUGUGUUGUUUGCAGCGGUGAUUUAGUUUCUUCUAAAACCUUUUUCUCCUGAAGCAUCUGGCCUGUUUUCUCCUCCUCCUGUGCUGCGUCACUCUGAGUCCAGCACGAGAAUCAAGUUACUCUUCAGAAAGUCAUGAGCUGAACCCAGUAACCUCACUGGGCCUUUGCUGUAUUGUACUGUAAAUUCUGCAUUUGUUAUUUCUGUCUGUCAGCUUCAAAUAAAUGUAUAUUUUGAUCCACUGUC